UGUGAAAUCCUUCACUCUCCUCUCUCUCUCUAAAUCUCUGAUUAUUUCUCAUUGUAGUAGAUGAACAGUCACAGACUAUGCUUAGUUGAUUAAGUAAUGAUUUAGUGAGAGAGAGAGAGUGAGAGAGAGAGUGUGUAUAAGUUGGUUGAUUUACUUGUCCUUUGGGCACAAUUUUGGGAUAACUUGUUGGGUUUUGUUUUCUGGGUUGUGUCGGAUUUUGGGUUUUGUAUAAUUUUGAUGGGUACUGAGGGAGGAGGAGAAGAAGUGGGAUUGAAUGAGAAGGAUCAUGAGGCAGCAGAGAGAGGAAGUAGGUUGUUGUACAGCUGUACACAAGUUUGUCUAGUUGUUUCAGACAUAGCAGUACUUGUGUUCCAUCUUCCUUUGCUUCGUUUAAGUAAACUACUUGUUCUUCCUCUAAAUUAAAAGAUCCACUGGGAAACAUAAACAAAAAACAACAAAAACAUUAACAAAAGAAAAAAAGAAAAAAAAAAAAGAAAGGAGCUUUGAUUGGUUUAAUUUCUUGAUCUGAUAAGAUCUGGUAUUAAACUUGUUUUAGCUCGGUCACUAAUCAUGAAGAGGCUUGGAAGUUCAGAUUCCUUUGGUGCUAUGAUUUCCAUCUGCCCAACAACAGAGGAACACAGUCCAAGAAACAACCAUGUUUACAGCAGAGAAUUCCAGUCCAUGUUGGAUGGCUUAGAUGAGGAAGGGUGUGUCGAAGAAGCCGGCCAUGUUUCCGAGAAGAAGAGGAGAUUGAGCGUUGAACAAGUGAAGGCCUUAGAGAAAAACUUUGAGGUGGAGAACAAGCUUGAACCUGAAAGAAAGGUGAAGCUUGCCCAAGAACUAGGCCUCCAACCAAGACAAGUUGCCGUGUGGUUCCAGAACCGCCGUGCUCGUUGGAAAACCAAACAAUUGGAGCGCGAUUAUAGCGUUCUCAAAGCCAAUUACGACACUGUCAAGCGGAACUACGAUACCCUUCAACAUGACAACGAAGCCCUUCUCAAGGAGAUAAAGCAAUUGAAGGCAAAGUUGCAAGAAGAUAACGCAGCGAGCAAGAAUCCCACCGUGAAAGAAGAGCAACUCUUGGGAAAAGAUCAGAGUUACAAAGUGGUUCAGGAGCGGAGCCAGUCACCGCCACCGCCUCCGGGAUCCUCUGUUCCAGAAACAGAGUGUAACGAGCUCAACUUUGAGAGCUUCAACAACACAAGUGGAGUACUAGAAGCCGUCUCAUUGUUCCCAGAUUUCAAAGAUGGCUCUUCGGACAGUGACUCGAGUGCGAUCUUGAACGAAGAUAACAGUCCAAACUUGACUAUGUCUUCAUCUGGCAUCCUCCAAAACCAUCAGCUGAUCAAGUCUCCGGCCUCCACUUCACUCAAAUUCAACUGCUCCUCGUCCUCCUCGCCGUCGUCAUCGUCGAUGAAUUGCUUUCCGUUCCAGAAGAGCUACCAGCCUUUGGUGAAGGUAGAGGAGCACAAUUUCUUUAGCAGUGAGGAGGCCUGUAGCUUCUUCUCCGAUGAGCAAGCACCUUCACUUCAGUGGUACUGUCCUGAUCAGUGGAGCUAAAGCAUCAACAAUACAAUCCAUGAAAGUGGAGUUGUGUAUAAAUUAAUGUACUGUGAUCUCCGUUGUGCAAAAGUGGAAGUUGGAGAGCAACUGCAGGAUGAAGGCAAGGGAGAGGGGAGAGAGAGAGAGGAUAGAGACAGAGAGAGAGAGAGAGACAGACAGACAGACAGAAAGAGGAAACCAAGGUAUUUCCUUGCCAAACCGUGCGGGAAUAUGAUUGUGUCGUAAUUAAAAUUUCAGCUGUAAAAAUGAAUCCUCGGGAUAAAACUUUAGGAGAUUGAAUUUCCUGUAAUGGAGAAAAUAAUCAUUGUGCCUUACUUUUUCUCUUCCA